AUGGCUUCAGGACCCGAAAAUGGUUUCUACUCCUCGGGCCAGUUUAUGAAUCCAGGUCCUGCUCCUCGCCCUCCCACCGAUCGCCCUCGACAUCUGGAGUUACAGCGCUCAAACACCUCGAUACCGACAAGCACCUUCGAGUCCAUGUCUAUAGGCGGCCCCGCCUCUCCGGCCGUCAGUACUCCAAGUGCCCCUUACUUCUCUAAUGGCAGUUCUCUGUCCCUAUCAACAAACGGAAAACCCUCGGGUCCGGUCACUAUCAUCAAGGAAGGCCAUGUGCGCUGCAAAGAAGACAAAUUUCUCGCUCAAUGGAACCAACGAUACCUGAUUCUCCGCGAGUUCAGACUGGAUUUCUUGAAGAGUGAGAACGGGAAGCUCAUGCAGUCCAUUCAACUGAAUACUGUGACGGGGGUGACUCGUUCUGAGGAAACCCGGAUGGCCUUUGAAAUCACCCGCGUUGCGAAUCCCAAAGAUGCCGGCGGCAAAAUCGUCAUGGCUCGUGAUCUGCCGACCCGGACCAUCACCUGUGAAGUCCGCAACGACGACGAAAUCUACGACUGGAUUGACAAAAUAUACGAGCGGUGCCCAGGCAUGGGGGGCGUCAGUAAUCCCACAAACUUCAGCCAUCGUAUCCACGUUGGCUUUGACCCUCAGACAGGCGGCUUUGUCGGAUUACCGCAGGAGUGGGAGAAACUGUUGAAUAAUUCUGCCAUUACAAGAGACGACUACAAGAAGAAUCCCCAGGCCGUCAUCGAAGUUUUACAGUUUGUUUCAGACCAGAAAAUGCGUGAGCAGCAUCCCGAGAUGUAUACCCCCGGUAUGGUCACCCCGCCGGCCACCCAGCCAAAUAAACAACUUGGAUUCCCAACAGGCGGCAAUAGUGUUGCACCUCCAAGGCCAGCGCCACCCACAGAUGCACAGCGGUAUAAUGCUAAUCAAUUCAUCAACAAAUAUCAGGAAGGCCCUGCCCGAAUAGGGACCCCCCCAGCAAAACCACCCUUGCAGCGGGCGCAAACAGACAAAGGUGCAUACGACAUGGAGGCUGAUGCCGCCCGGAUUAAAGCAAUCGCCAAUGAAGAACAAAAGCGUCGUCAGAUGGAAGCGGAAGCGAAGCGGGCGAGAGAGGUCGAAAGACAGAGGGAACAGGAGCGAGAGGAUAUUGAGCGCAGCCGCAAAGAGCAAGAAGCCUAUAAUGCUUCAUUACCAAAGUCACGUCCGCCGUUAGCUCAGCAGGAGAUCGGAGGAUACGGGAGUGGCUCUGAUCGUGCGCCCAACCGGCAAGAUCCUAGAUAUAAUCCCGCGAGAGCCGCGCCAAGUGCUCCCCAGCAAUCGUCCUCAGGGUCAGCAAGGCAAACUCCCACAGCGCAAAGACCCGCCCCUUCUGCUCCGAGCAGCAAUUCCCAAAAAUCCGUUCCCCAGUCACUUGCCUCCAGCCAGAGUUCAUUACGAUCACCAGAGAGCAGAGAGCGUGAUCGCCAGCCUUCACCAAAUGCCAGAUAUCCUCCGAGCGAGGUGUCCCGGAAGGACUCUCCUCCCAAAACACAGGCCAACGGCGUGAAUGGACAGUCUGUGAGUCGAUCACAAGGAUCUGUACAGCAUCCCAAGCCUCUCAAUGUCGCCAAACAGCCGCAAGCGAAACCUGCAGUUGACCCACGCAAAGAAGCCGAAAUUGCACUAACGGCGAAGAAGCCAGUCGAAGAGCGGGCCAAGGAAGUUCGGAUGUCGAGUAUGAGCGAAAGCGAAGUCAUGGCCAAGCUCAAACAGGUGGUGUCCAAAGAUAAUCCUUUGGAGUCAUACAGCAAGCAAAAGAAGAUUGGUCAGGGCGCUUCCGGCUCAGUCUAUGUUGCCCGUGUCAAGGAAAGCGCAACAUCAGCUGUCGCACGUGAACUAUACCGAACACAUGGUCCGAAGGGCCAAGUCGCCAUCAAGCAGAUGGAUCUUCGCAACCAGCCGCGAAAGGAGUUGAUCGUCAACGAGAUCAUCGUCAUGAAAGACUCCAAACACCCCAACAUCGUCAACUUCCUCGACUCUUUCCUCCAAGAACAGAACAAUGAGCUGUGGGUGGUGAUGGAGUUUAUGGAGGGUGGUGCGCUUACGGAUAUCAUCGACAAUAACCCUGUGAUCACCGAGGAUCAGAUUUCCACAAUCUGCUACGAAACCUGCAAAGGGCUCGCCCAUUUGCAUUCUCAAGAUAUCAUCCACCGAGACAUCAAGAGUGACAAUGUGCUGCUCGACCGAGUGGGCAACGUCAAGAUCACCGAUUUUGGGUUUUGUGCAAAGCUCACGGAAUCAAAGAGCAAACGCGCGACAAUGGUCGGCACACCCUACUGGAUGGCCCCCGAAGUCGUGAAGCAAAAAGAGUACGGCCCCAAGGUUGACAUUUGGUCUCUCGGUAUUAUGGCUAUUGAGAUGAUUGAGUCGGAGCCGCCGUAUCUAAACGAAGAACCGCUCAAGGCCUUGUUCUUGAUUGCGACAAACGGCACACCACGCUUGAAGAACCCCAACAAACUGUCACGGGAGCUGAAGGCGUUCCUCAGUGUCUGCCUCUGCGUCGACGUCAGGAGCCGCGCUAGCGCCGACGAAUUGCUGCGGAACGACUUUAUGCGCAUGGGUUGCAGUUUGGCGAGUCUGAGCGAACUUUUGAAAUGGCGAGAAAAGGGUCGGCAAUGA